CGUAGUUGAGGAAGUCGCUUCGGCGCGUGCGCACGACGAAAAACCUCCCCGGGCUAGUAGUAGUGGCGUAGCCGCUGGAGAUGCUUCUGCGGGCUGGGCUGCGGCGCUUGUGGCCGCGAUCUCGGGCCGCGGGGAUCUCUGUAGAAAAUCGGAGCCGAAGCAGGGCAGUGGCUUCUGGCGUCUCUUCCCCUGGCGGCACUUCGCCCGGAGCCCUAAAUAUCUUCGAUCGGGAAUUGAAGAGGAAACAGAAGAACUGGGCGGCCCGGCAGCCUGAGCCGAUCAAGUUUGACUACCUGAAGGAGGAGGUUGGAAGUCGCAUCGCAGACCGUGUAUAUGACGUAGCCAGAGAUUUCCCCCUUGCUUUGGAUGUUGGCUGUGGAAGAGGUUAUAUAGCACAACACUUGAAUAAGGAAACUGUUGGAAAGUUUUUCCAAGCAGACAUUGCAGAAAAUGCUUUGAAAAAUUCCUUAGAAACAGAAAUUCCUACUGUCAGUGUUUUAGCUGAUGAAGAAUUCCUUCCUUUCCGAGAAAAUACAUUUGACCUUGUGGUUAGCAGUUUAAGUUUGCACUGGGUGAAUGACCUUCCUAGAGCACUUGAACAGAUUCAUUACGUUUUAAAACCAGAUGGUGUAUUUAUUGGUGCAAUGUUUGGAGGCGACACACUAUAUGAGCUUCGAUGUUCAUUACAGUUAGCAGAAACAGAAAGAGAAGGAGGAUUUUCUCCACAUGUUUCUCCUUUCACUGCUGUCAAUGACCUGGGACAUCUACUCGGGAGAGCUGGCUUCAAUACACUGACUGUGGACACUGAUGAAAUUCAGGUUAACUAUCCUGGAAUGUUUGAGUUGAUGGAAGAUUUGCAAGGUAUGGGUGAAAGUAACUGUUCUUGGAAUAGAAAAGCACUACUGCACCGAGACACAAUGCUGGCGGCUGCAGCUGUGUACAGAGAAAUGUAUGGAAAUGAGGAUGGUUCAGUACCUGCUACGUAUCAGAUUUAUUACAUGAUUGGAUGGAAAUACCAUGAAUCGCAGGCAAGGCCAGCUGAAAGAGGUUCUGCAACUGUGUCAUUUGGAGAGCUAGGAAAAAUAAACAGCCUAAUGUCACAGGAGAAAAAAUCCCAAUAAAUAUUUUAUUCCAUAUUAAUGUAGUCUAGAUUUUUCAUCAGAAGUAAGUAACUUUCACAUUUAAAACUGUGACAUUUUGAAGCAAGAAACAGUCUAUAAGCUAUGUACUAACAGACUUCUCAAAUAGUUGACCUAAUAACACAUAUGUAUUUAGUAUCCAUUUCAGUUUCAUGUUGUUUCUGUUUUCAUAAGGACGUUGUUAUACAGUGAUUUGGGUAUCUUAUUGCAGAUUUAGCCUAAAAGCAAAGAAAAUAUUUCUUGAGGAGGCUACUGAUAGGUUAAUAUAUAUACAUGCAUGGCUCAAUGGGAAAACAUCACUUAUGGUAACAUUUUGUACCUUUUUUCUGCUUCUGGCCUUUUGUCAUUUCUUUGGGCAGGAACAAGUCAGUGGAUUCUUUAAAGUUCUGGCCCAUUUAGAAUGAAAAUAGCUUUCUUUUAAAAAAGAUUUAUUUAUGUAUUUGAAAGUCAGAGUUACACAGAGAGAGAAGGAGAAGCAGAGAGAGGUCUUUCAUCUGCUGGUUCAUUCCCCAAUUGGUUGCAACGGCUGGAGCUGAUCUGAAGCUGGGAGCCAGGAGCUUCUUCCAAGUCUCCCACGCGGGUGCAGGGGCCCAAGGACUUGAGCCAUCUUCCACUGCUUUCCCACCAUAGCAGAGAGCUGGAUCGGAAGUAGAGCAGCCGGGACUCAAACCAGCGCCUAUAUGGGAUGACGGCACUUCAGGCAGCGGCUUUACCUGCUAUGCCACAAUGCUAGCCCCUUUAAUUUUUAUUUUACUAAUUGGAGAGACAGAACUUUCAGCACUGGUUCACUCUCCAAAUGCUUGUAACAGCUGGGGCAGGACCAAGCUGAAGCUGGAAGUCAGGAAUUCAAUCCAGGUCUCCCACAUGGAUGGAAGGCACUCAGCUACUUCAGCCAUCAUGUGCCACCUCUUAGGUUGUAUGUUAGCAGGAGGUUGAAUUUGGGACAGAGCUGGAACUGAAGCCUAGGCACUCUGAUAUGGAGUGUGGCCAUCCCAACUGGUGGCUUAAUCAGUAGGCCAAAUGCCCAUCCCCAGUUUUUUAUCUAACAAUUCUCAGCUUUCUUAGUAGAAUAUUAGCUUUGUUUUAUGCCAUAAUUAUAUACAGGGCCGGCACCGUGGCUCAAUAGGCUAAUCCUCCGCCUGUGGCGCAGGCACACCGGGUUCUAGUCCCGGUCGGGGCGCCGGAUUCUGUCCCAGUCGCUCCUCUUCCUGUCUAGCUGUCUGCUGUGGCCUGGGAGUGCAGUGGAGGAUGGCCCCAAGUCCUUGGGCUUUGCACCCGCAUGGGAGACCAGGAGAAGCACCUGGCUGGCUCCUGGCUUCGGAUCAGCGCAGUGCGCAGGCCACAGCGCGCCAGCUGCAGUGGCCAUUGGAGGGUGAACCAACAGCAAAGGAAGACCUUCCUCUCUGUCUCUCUCUCUCACUGUCCACUCUGCCUGUCAAAAAAAAAAAUAUAUAUAUAUAUAUAUAUAUGGAGUGGUGGAGUGAGGCUGUAUAGAAAUCUACCAUAAACUCUCUCAAAAAUAAACUCUCUAUUAGUAUAAAAAUACAAAAGUAAAGCAAAAUUAACACAAUCAGUUGAGGUCCUUUAUUGCUUAAUGUGAAUGACAGUAGUGAAAUUAUUUAUUUUAAUGUGGUUGUAUAAUUUUUUAGUUAAUCUGAUUAAAUAUGCUAUUAAGCUUUAAUUGUUCAGAACAAACUGGAAACUCAUUGUUUUUACAUGGUAAGAGGUCAUUCUUUUUUUUUUUUUUUACAGGCAGAGUGGACAGUGAGAGAGAGACAGAGAGAAAGGUCUUCCUUUACCAUUGGUUCACCCUCUAAUGGCUGCUGCGGCCAGCACGCCACGCUGAUCCGAAGCCAGGAGCCAGGUACUUCUCCUGGUCUCCCAUGUGGGUAUAGGGCCCAAGUACUUGGGCCAUCCUCCACUGCACUCCUGGGCCACAGCAGAGAGCUGGCCUGGAAGAGGGGCAACCGGGACAGAAUCCAGCACCUUGACCGGGACUAGAACCUGGGGUGCCACCGCCGCCGCAGGUGGAGGAUUAGCCUAGUGAGCCGCGGCACCGGCCAAGAGAUCAUUCUUUUAAGCAACAGAAUUUUAAAAGUCUAGUCAAAAAAUCUUUCUAAAAUGAUUACAUUUUUUUUUUUUUUUGAAAGGCAGCAUUAUGACAGAGUAGGAGAGAGAGAGAGAUCCGUCUUCUGUUUUCUGGUUCACUCCCCAAAUGUCUACAAUAGCCAGGGCUGGGCCAGGCCAAAGCCAGGAGCCAGUAACUCCAUCCUAGUCUCCCACAUGGGUGGCAGGGGCCCAAGCAAUUGGACUGUCUUGUGCUACCUUAUCAGGAGCAUUAGCAAGAAGCUGGAUCAGAAGCCAAGCAGCCAGGACUCAAACUGGCACUCCUACAUGGAAUGCUGGUGUUACAAGCAGCAGUUCAACCCACUGCACCACAGUACCUGUGCCCCAAAAUAUGUUACAUUUUAAAUGGCAUAUAAAAAAAACAGUUUCUUGAUAACCCCACAGUUUUAAAACUCAAGUUGUAUGGUCGGCGCCGCGGCUCACUAGGCUAAUCCUCCGCCUUGCGGCGCCGGCACACCGGGUUCUAGUCCCGGUCAGGGCGCUGGAUUCUGUCCCGGUUGCCCCUCUUCCAGGCCAGCUCUCUGCUAUGGCCCGGGAGUGCAGUGGAGGAUGGCCCAGGUGCUUGGGCCCUGCACCCCAUGGGAGACCAGGAGAAGCACCUGGCUCCCUGCUUCGGAUCAGCGCGAUGCGCCGGCCGUGGCCGCCAUUGGAAGGUGAACCAACGGCAAAGGAAGACCUUUCUCUCUGUCUCUCUCUCUCUCACUGUCCACUCUGCCUGUUAAAAAAAAAACAAAAAACAAAAACAAAAAAAAAAACAAAAAAAAACAAAAAAAAAAAACUCAAGUUGUACUGUAUUGCUUGUUCCCAGACUUACUGGAUCCAAGAAUAAUGGGGCUUCCUUUUGCCUCUUUUCCAACAUUUCUUGUUGGCUACCUACUGUCAAUCUUAACAAUUUGACAAAAAUGAAUUUUUGUGAGCCCAGUACUUCUUCUUGCCCCUUAGGAUCUGCCAUAAGAUUGAAAUUGAGAUGGAGAUGUUUCUGGGACUAGUAAAAAAGUAGAAAAGAGGAACUAGGUUCUGGGAUUGACUCUCCUUUGAAUUAAAAUGCAGGAGCUUCAUUGCUUCUUUAAACAGAUUCUUACAAGGUUCCAUGUGCCAGACACCCAGCUAUUCUCUGGCUCUCCCACUUGCUGACCUACAAGGUUUCAGUGUGUGAACAGGUGACAUCUGUUGACUACCUGGAGAUUUUUUGGCUCAUUUUCUGGUUCACAGCAGUAUUCUAAGUUAUUGGCCUAGAGAAUUCCAGAUGUAGCAGUAUGUAUGAAAAGUUACAUGUAGGAAACAAAGAUUGUUUGCUUUAUGUAACGAAAGAACUUGUGUACAGUUUGUUCUAUUGGAAGGUACUCAUAUAUUUCAAGUAUGUGAUAAUUAUAAAAUGUUAGAAGUGUGUAAGCUUAUGAAGUAGAUUUUAUGUCAUUUUUCAAAUACUGCUGGUACCAUUUUCAUCCACUAGAUGGAAACAGUUAUAGGAUGGCCUGUAUUGAGGACUGGUGUAGUUUUUAGACUGAUUAUAAAUGAGUAUUCCCUAAGUCAAAAUGCACUAGAAGUAUUUUACCAUGAAUUGACUACUAUCUAGGAAAAAAAUGAAUCUUAAUAGAUAUUUGGAAAAAAGAAAUAUACUUGGAACAGUGAUUACUGUUUUAUUCCUUCAUAAAUUGCCAUUAGACUCUCCUACCUAAGAAGAAAUGUUUGGGACUUUUUUGGAGUGGUAAGGGGGGAUUAUUGUUAUUAGUAAGUUGAAGUUUAGGUAACUUACAAGUGGCAUCUAAUAGAAAUUAGUAUAUGUUAAUUCUCUGGUUGGAUACUUACUCUAACAUGCUGGUUUAAAAAACAUUUAGUUGAAAAUAAUGAGGCCGGCACCACGGCUCACUAGGCUAAUCCUCUGCCUGUGGCGCCAGUACCCCAGGUUAUAGUCCUGAUUGGGGCACCGGAUUCUGUCCUGGUUGCUCCUCUUCCAGCCCAGCUCUCUGCUGUGGCCUGGGAGUGCAGCGGAGGGUGACCCAGGUGCUUGGGCCCUGCACUCCAUGGGAGACCAGGAGGAAGCACCUGGCUCCUGGCUUCGGAAUGGCGCAGCGCACAGGCCGUAGCGGCCACUUGGGGGUUGAACCAACAGAAAAAGGAAGACCUUUCUCUUUGUCUCUCUCUCUCUCUCUCAUUGUCUAACUCUUCCUGAAAAAAAAAAAAAAAAAAAAAAAGGAAGGAAAGAAAGAAAGAAAAUAAUGAAGGUUCGGUGAACAGUGAUAAAUUAUUGUUAACAGAUAAGGAAAUGCUGCUUCACUGUCUGCGGUGGUUUUAAAUUUACUCACAGGGUUUUUUUGACUUGUGUCUCUUUAAAACCUGGAGCUAUAUUUCCCUUCCUUUCUCUCCCCUGGUUUGAUUUCAGGCUGAAUUUGGUGACUGCGUUCCAACAAGUAGAAUAGAUAGUGAGUCACUUCCAAGACUAGGUAAUAAAAGGCAUUGCUCCCUCCUUGCUGUCUUCGGGCCAUUCACCUGGGGAAAGCCAGCUGCCAUGAGGUUGAGUCUGCUCACACAGCCUCAUGGAGGGGACCUAAAGGUGAAGAUCUGUUCUCCUGCCAGAAGCCACAUGAAGGAGCCAUCUUGGAAGUGCAUCCUCCAGACUCAGUCAGCUUUCAGGUGACUGCAGUCCCAGCCUGACCCACAACAACCAGCCAAGCCACUCCCAAAUUUCUAACCCACAGAAACUGUGAAAUAGUACAUAUUUGUUGUUUAAGCCACUAUGUUUUAUAGUAAAUUAUGACACAUCUGUAUUUAACCAACAUACUCUCUUUAGGAAGAGUUGGGUGCUCAGGGUAUGCUAAGUUGUUACUUUAAGUUAAAACAGCUUGCUUAUUUAAAAUUAGGUGAAGGGAGCAGACAUUUAGUCUCAUAUUUAGUCUCUUGGUUAAGAAGCUUGUGUCCUGCAGCAGAGCUUGGGUUCUAUUCCCAACUGCUGACUCCAUCCUCCUGCUAAUGCAGAUCCUAGGAGGCAGCAGUGGUGGCUCAAGUAAUUGGGUCCCUGACACUCACAUGGGAGACAUGGAUUGAGUUCCUGGCCCUCAGCUUUGGCCUGGCCCAUCCUGGGUCAUUGUGGACAUUUGGGGAAUAAAUCAGCAGAUGGAAGCCCUCUGUCUUUCCUUUUGCCUCUCAAACAAAUAAAUUUUCUGAAUAAAAUGAAGUUAGGUAAAGUUAACAUUAACAAGCAUAUUUUUAGAAAUCAGACUUGAGAUAUUCUUGCCUGCAGGUUUGUUUCCAUGGUACCUCAAGACAACUGACCUCCCAAGGUACUUUCACUAGGCCUCAAUUUUAUUUCCUAGGACCAUCAGUAUCAAUUUCCUGGAAGCCUUACUCUGGUUAGUCCCAAAAUGAAACCAAAGAAUUUGGCAAAACUGCCAUUGAGAAUUCAGUGAGUUACACAACUGCACAUGGAUUUCUCGGUUCCCAUGUGUCUAAGCUGUUGAGUUGCUGACAGCUCAUUAUCAGGAUGGACUGGUGACAUUGCACACUUGUUACCAGGCUCUCAGGUGAACACAGUGCUGUAGAAAUAGUAAGAAGUUUUUUAUUUUUUAAAGAUGUAUGUACAUGUGGGGCCGGCACUGUGGCGCAGUGGGUUAAAGCCCUGGCCUGCAGCGCCAGCAUCUCAUAUGGGCGUUGGCUCUAGUCCUGGCUGCUCUCUUCCGAUCAGCUCUCUACUGCGGCCUGGGAAAGCAGUGGAGGAUGGCCCAAGACCGUGAGUCCCUGCAUCCACGUGGGAGACCUGGAGGAGGCUCCUGGCUCCUGGCUUUGGAUAGGCGCAGCUCCAGCCGUUGUGGCCAUCUGGGGAGUGAACCAGCAGAUGGAGGACCUCUCUAUCUCUACCUCUCUCUGUAACUGUCUUUCAAAUAAAUAAAAUAAAAAAUAUUUUUAAAAAACCAUGUAUGUAUGUGUUUAUUUAUUUGAAAAGCAGAGUGACAAAAAUAUAUCUUCCAUCCACUGGUGCACUCCCUAAAUGACCACAGUAGUUAUAGCUGGGUCAGUCAGGGACCAGGAACUUCAUCCAGGUCUCCCCUUGAGUGGCAGGGACCCAACUACUUGAAUCACCUUUGCUGUCCUCCCAGGCAUGUUAGCAGGAAGCUGGUUCAGAAGCAGAGUAGCUGGGACUUGAACCCACAUUCUGAUAAGGGAUGCCGUUAUUGUAAGUGGCAGCUUAACUCACUGUGCCACGCUAAUGCCAGUAAGGGCUUUGUAAAAACUACACUUCAUCCUUGCCAGCCAUUGCUAAAACCAGAGCAAUUGUGUGUGUGUGCAGUUGUGUCCAGGGUAAACCAGUUGGCCUCCAGACUACUCAGACAUUUCAUGUACGUGCUCAGGAUGCCCAUUACUAGUUUUCUCAGAGUUUAGUAUCCAAAGAAUGAUGUGGAGCAAUUACCAGAUCUAGGAGUGAGGUGUCCUCGUGCCUAGAUUGUGAAUGGGAGAUUGGGGAAAGGAGAAUCCCAAACUUGCCAGCCUUUGCCAUACAAGAGUGUGGAAGUAGAGGAAAGGGCAGGGACUCACAGCCGCUCAGUUUAGGUUCAGUCAUGGUGAUGUUCAUUCCUAACACUCAGGCAGUCUCCACCUCUCUCACCUCGGGACUUUACUGGCCAACAUUGCAGCUUUGGUAUUUGGUCAGUCUUUAAGGAGGCUGCAGACCUGUCUUCCAAGUUCCUCGGGGCGGUGGAGGGGCUUUUUCAAACAAAACAUUUCUGCCUUCCUCCCUUUGUUUGAGAAUUGCCCCCAAAGGGGGUCCCAACACUGAGCUGGGAUAACAGUUGUGAGCCUUUGGACUGGAUGAUCUCAAGAACUCUCCCUUUUCUACCACUAAGUAGCUUUCCCUUUGUAAGUAACUCCCUUGAUAUGAGCCAUUUUAGAAGCAUUAACACAGUACUUACCAGAGAAUAAGCAUCAUGCUUAUAAUUUCUUAGGCUUCAAAAGCCAUGCUUAUUGUAUGCUUUCCAUGUCUUAUGCACUAACUUCCUUUUUUAUUUUUUUAACAUUGAGUUUUAUUUAUUUGAAGGGGAGAGAGACAGGGAAGGAGAUCUUCCAUCUGCUAGUUCACUGAGUCCCAUGACAAAGUAGACACAAUUGUCUUCCGAUCUUUGCAACUUCUCAGACUCCCUGAUUACUUUUGAAGAUAUCCUUGAUUUCACCUGAGGAUAAAGUUUAAGAAGGAAGCACAAUAUGACAGCCUUGAGUCUCUUAAUCUUAAGAGUGGACCGGAAUGCAUUUAUAUUUUAAGUUUCUGGGCCACAUAAGAGGGCUUGUUACAUAUUCAGUAUGGGCUGCCUUCUAUAUUCUCCAUAGAAGAUGACAAUUUCUCACCAAGCAUUUAGCAUUUGGGAAGCAUUCCUGAAUUUUACAUAAAGUUCCCGGUUAUUUGUCCAGGUGACAAGAUCCUGGCUAUAAGACACGUCAGGAGUGCUUAGACUUUAGUCGACAGCAUUCUGGAGGACCCUAUAAAAGAGAUAGACACAAGGGACUGACGUUGUGCUGUAGUGAGUUAAAUCAUGACGUGCAACACCAGCAUCUCGUAUCAGAGUGCUGGUUCAAGUCCCACCUGCUCUGCUUCUGAUCCAGCUCCCUGCUUAAUGUGCCUAGGAAGGCAGCAGCAGAUGACCCAAGUUCUUGGGUCCUUGGUACCCAUGUGGGAGAUGAUGAUGGAGUGCCUGGCACAGACCUGGCUGUUACAGGCAUUUGGGAAGUGAACCAGGGAAUAGAAGAUCUCUCUGUGUCUGUCUCUCUGCCUUUCUUUUCUUUUUAAAAAAUGACAUAUUUAUUUAUUUGAAAGGCAGAGCGUUAGGAAACUGGUGCAGUUGUAGCCAGGUGGCCGCAUGGCCCAGCUACCUGAGCCAGGCUCCACCCCCAUCCUAAUGGGAUUCGCUGCUCCUGCUUUCCUGCCCGCCCUCAGGCGAAGUUUUAAAAGGGCCUGUUCCUGAACACGUGCUCUCUUGGCUCUCGGUUCUUCUCUCUUGGCUCUGCUCUCCUCUCUCCUCUGCUUUAUCUUUUCUCUUUGCUAGCUCCUCUCCUCUGUGUUUCUCUCUUAUACUCUCUUCCUCUCUUUUUCCUUCACCGCCCCUUCACUCCAGUCUGUAGGGUGUUCCCCAAUAAACCCUUUCCCUUACUCCGGUGUUCGGUGUGUUUUGCGACGGCUAACAUUAAUAUAUAACACAGAGCAACAGAGAGAGGAAGAAAGAAAGAGCCUCUAAAAUUGGAAGCAUCAACACAAUGCUUACCAGAGAAUAAGCAUCGUGUUUAUAAUUUCUUAGGCUUCAAAAGACAUGCUUAUUGUAUGCUUUACAUAUCUGAUGCAAUAGCUUCUUCUUUUUUUUAAGAUUGAGUUUUAUUUAUUUGAGGUGGAGAGAGAGACAGAGAGAAAGAGGUCUUGCAUCUGAUGGUUCAUUCCCUGAAUGGUUGCAAUGGCUGGGGCUGGGCCAGGCCAUUCAGGAGCCAUGAACUUCCAUCUGGGUCUCCCACAUAGGUAGCAGAGGCCCAAGUACCUUGUCCAUCAUCCCCUGCCUUCCCAGGUGCAUUAGCAGGAAGCUGGAAGUGGAGUACCCAGGUCUCAAAACAAACACUCUAAUAUGAGAUGCCAAUGUCACAAGCAGAGGCUUAACCUGCUGCACCACAGUGCUGACCCCUGAUGUAGUAAUUCUUACAUUGAUGUUAAUCAGUGUUAUGUGAAAAGGUAAGGGUUGGAGCAGGGAGAGAGAAUUUCUAGAGUAAAUAUAGUGAGAAAGGCUGAGUUAAACAGGAUUAAAGGAUAUCUUUCCUGUGAGACUUUUCAGAACUUUUGAUAUAAUUGUAGCUCUCCCAAAGGAAGCUUGUAUUUUUAUAGCAUCUUCCAUACUUAAUGGUCCUAUAACCUUUUAUCAAGGAUCAUCUUGAAAGACCUUGAAUCUAUUUUUGGAAAGGUUAGCCUAGCACAGUGGUAGGCUUGGUAAAGGCUUGUAAAAUAAUCUGAGUAGUUCUGAAAAAAUUUAUAAUUGGUUAUUAGUCUAUUCAACUACAAAAUUAUUUAUGAACUUUCUCAAGGCAUUCAGUGCAGUGGUUAAGUCUUGGCAACGUGUCCUCAGACAAAUUACUUGAUUUCAGUCUCCUCUCUGUAAAAGAGGGAUGAUGCUGCGGCUGUAUCCUCACAGGAAGGCAGUUGUGAAGAUCAAAUGAGUUAAUAAUGUAUUCAGUUAGAACAGUGCCUGGCAUAUAAUCAGCAUAAAAUGUUAACUAUUAUUAUUCUUCACAGAGUGAAUUUUAGAAAAGCUUUCAAGAAUAAAUUAUUGACUUCUGUUGUGA